AAACUUUCAACAUAACCUCUUCUAUAUAUAACCUCUCCAUCUGGAGUUUAUUGCAUGGUAUUUAUUUAAAGAUAAGUUUGUAUAUUUAUUUUCAAACUGAAUAGUAAUUAAUUACACACUGUUACAAUGGUAGAAGAAGAUAUAACAGAUCAACUCAAAAAUUUUCACGAAAUGGAGUUAGAUGAUCGCAUUGUAAAGGCUGUUGCUAAACUUGGUUGGGUGCAGCCUACCCUUAUUCAAGAAAAAUCAAUCCCUCUCAUUAUUGAAGGGAAAGAUGUAUUGCUAAGGGCUAGAACAGGAUCUGGUAAAACUGCAGCAUUUGCCAUUCCAGCAAUACAAAAGAUUCUUAAUAUCAAACAAACUAAAUAUUAUCAAGAAACACGAAUUUUAAUAUUAGCCCCUAGCAAGGAGCUUUGCAAUCAAAUAUUCAAUGUAAUAAAAGACCUAACUGAUAAGUGCUCGAGAGAUGUUCAUUGUAUUGAUAUUUCACCUAAAGUGGAUUUAAAUGUGCAAAAACCACUUUUAGUUGAAAGGCCUGACAUUAUUGUUGGAACUCCAGCAAGAGUACUGCAACAUAUUAAGGCAGGCAAUUUAAAUGUUUCUAAAACACUUGAAAUGCUUAUCAUUGAUGAAGCUGACUUGGUUUUUUCAUUUGGAUAUGAGUCAGAACUUAAAGAACUGUUAAAACAUUUGCCCAAGAUAUAUCAGGCUGUUCUUGCCUCUGCAACUCUAAGUGCUGAUGUUAAAAGUUUAAAGAGCUUAGUUCUCAAUAAUCCUGUUAUUUUAAAAUUGGAGGAACCUGACAUAGCUCCAUCAUCACAACUAACCCAUUAUCAUUUAGCUGCAGAAGAAAUGGACAAAGCAUCUAUCCUGUAUGCUCUUUUAAAGCUACAUCUCAUUAGAGGGAAAACAAUAAUUUUUGUCAACACAGUGGACAGAUGUUAUAAAUUAAAACUGUAUCUGGAACAGUUUGGUAUUCCCACGUGUGUUCUUAAUUCUGAACUUCCAGCUACAAUACGUUGUCAUUCUGUAAAUCAAUUUAAUCAGGGAAUUUAUGAUAUCAUAAUAGCAUCUGAUGAAAAGUCGUUAGAACAGCCUGGAGAUAGAAAAGUAAAGUCAUCAGAGUCACAAAAAUCGAAAAGAAGAAAAGACAAAGAAAGUGGUGUCUCCAGGGGUAUAGACUUCCAGUUUGUAUCUAAUAUUAUCAACUUUGAUUUCCCUUUAGAUGUCGAAUCAUACAUCCACAGGGCUGGCAGGACUGCCAGAGGAAACAAUCAAGGAAGUGUGUUAUCCUUUGUAAGCAUCAAGGAACAGCCCAUGUUAAAUGAUGUUGAAAAUCAUUUAAGAAAUGGUUCAGAUACUUCAGUAAUAAAAACGUAUCAAUUUAAAUUAGAAGAAAUAGAAGGAUUUAGGUACAGAGCAAAAGAUGCUUGGAGGGCAGUUACACGAAUAGCUGUCAGAGAGGCAAGGCUUAAGGAAAUUAAACAAGAAAUAUUUAACUGUCAGAAGCUUAAAAGUUAUUUUGAGGACAAUCCUAACGAUUUAAAAGUACUUAGGCAUGAUAAAGCUUUGCACACAGUUAGAGUACAGCAACAUCUUUCUGAUGUACCUGAAUACAUUGUGCCUCCUUCUUUGAAAAAUUUAACAGGCUUAAAUAAACGCAAACGAAAGCAUUGGGAAAAUUUCAGACCUACUGAAAACUCUGCAUUAAAAUACCAGAAAAAGAAAAAUAAUCCCCUGGUUGCGAUGGAAUUUGAAGGUUUCAAAAAGGAUAGAAACAAGGAUAAGAAAAUUAAAAACAAGAAAGGAAAAGUAAAAUAAUAUAACAAUUUUUAAUUACCUA